UGUGGGCGGGGCUUUGAGGAGAUCGCUGCCAGGCUCAUUGAAUACCGGUUAGGAAACGAAACCCAGCAGCACACAUAUCAAGACAAGGAAACAUCUCCUGCUAGCGGUGACCGUGCUAUAGUAAACACCGGUAAAGCUGCCGACAGGUUUCGGCUACUGGGAUGUCACUGCAUCUGUACUGUCCCUUAGAAAUAAGCUGACAGCCCGCUGUAGAAGGGACACACAGAUUUCCCUUCUCAACACACACAUAUUUGAGGGUUACUCCACUGAGUGAAUAUUGGGGCUGGAUUUAAGGGCACACUGUUUUAGAACUCUGGUAUCUCUUGGGUUAAGUCUACCAAAACUAAAGCCCCUCAUUUGUUUACUAAGUUUAACCAGAAACUUCGAAUAAUCGAUUUCUACAGUUUCCUGAUGUCAUUAAUUUUCAAUUGGACAGGUAAAGAUUUCAACGAGUUGCACCUCCAACAUGUUAAUUUGCGACAUCUGUACUCAGGAAGUGCCCUCAGUGGAGGACAUGAAGAGUCAUAUGCUGCUAGCGCACGUGGAACAUGAAGUCAGUUGUCCUCUAUGCACAUUUUCUGGGUUAACAUAUGAUGAACUCCACUUCCACUUGCAAACUGCUCAUGAGGAUAUGCUAAACAAUUGGGACAAGGAUGGAAAUCAGUGUGAUGUGGUACAACAAAAAGCCAGCGGUAGUAAUGUCUCAGGCGAUACAACAGCUUCAGACCUUUUUGCAGAAGCCUCUGAAAGACAUAAUGAUCAUAUUCAAUAUGACAACCGCCUUCAAGGCUUUCGAGAAGAUGAAAAUGAACUGUCUGAGGGAGACUUCUGUAAUUCAUCACUUUCUGAUUCAUUGAGUUGCACUGUUUCCAGUAGAUCAAACUCAGAUUUUAUGGCUAAUGCAUCUUGUUCCUCCUCUGUAGUAUGCAUACCUAAUUCAGGUUCAGUAAAAGAAAACAGUGAAGCAUGUGAAUUUCAGUUUGAUUUAGGUGCAUCAGCAUCUGUUACACAAGAUGGUGUUACUAUGCUACCAGAGUGUCCUUUUUGCUGUGAAAUAACACCAUCAUUUGAAGAGCUUGAAAUCCAUGUAAGAAGGGAACAUGCAGAUCUUGUAGACACACCCACUAAAGAUUGUAAAAAGUAUGAAUGUCCCAUGUGUUCCUUGGUCUGCGCAAGUUGCCAAAUUCUCGAAGAGCAUGUAAACCUGCAUUUGGAGGAAGGAAGCCGCAACGAAGAUGUGGCAGCUAAUGCAUGUAGUGAUCUAUACUUGGCCAGACAACUCCAGUGUGAGGAAGACAAACGACGUAGAGCAGAAGAAUCACAAAAAGAAAAGGAGGAAUUCCAGAAAUUGCAGAAAGAGUUUGGUAUGGACAAUUCUGGAGGAUAUAAAGAGCAAUCUUUGCAAAAUUUAGAAAGGGCUGUUGCCAGGGGAAGAGUGCAACCAAUGGAGUUUCACCUACAAAGAGUGCAAAUGAUGGAAACGUUGGCUACUGGUGUAGAUGAUGGUAGAACAAAGACGUCAGGAGUUCUGGAUGCUCUGUGUAGAUAUUAUAACAAUUCGGCCCCUGAAGUGAAUUGUGUCUGGCUUUGUUCAAAUUUGGACCAUUUCAGCAACUCUCCAGGAGAUAAAGGAUGGGGCUGUGGUUUUCGAAAUUUUCAGAUGAUCCUUUCUUCUCUACUGCACAAUGACACCUUCAAAAACUCUCUACAAGCAGAAUACAGGUCAAUUCCUUGCAUUCCAAAGAUUCAGUCUUUGAUAGAAAAGGCCUGGAAGGAAGGGUUCGACCCUCAAGGUGCCUCUCAUUUCAACGGCAGAUUACAGGGCACAAAAGCUUGGAUUGGUGCGUGUGAGAUAUACUGCCUACUGACCUCCCUGGAAAUAAAGUGUCAGAUACUUGAUUUCCAUAAACCAAGCAGUCCAUCAGGAACACACCCGCUUUUGUUUGAGUGGAUUCAAAACUUUUACUCUUCUGGUGCCUCAUGCAGUAAUGGACGGGUGAUAUGUACUUCCAAACCUGCUAUUUACCUUCAGCAUCAAGGUCAUAGUCGGACGAUUGUGGGAAUAGAAGAGCGGAAAAAUAAAAGCUAUUGUCUUUUAAUAUUUGAUCCUGGAUGUCCAGUUGAAAGUAUGCAUAAGCUGCUGAGGCAGAAUAUAGAUGGAACAGCACUUAAAUCCCUCCGUAAAUAUAUGGGGAGCUUAAAACAUAAGCAAUACCAGAUAGUGGCAGUAGAUGGAGUAUUAUCUGCAGAGGAAAAGGCUGUUCGACUGCAAAUGACCAAAGCUUUCAGGGCUGAGAAAAUCCCAUAAGAAUCACGUUUACCUGUAAUAAAAUGCCUUUUAAUGUAUAUAUUGUGUGUGU